CACACUCUCUCUCUCUCUCUCUCUCUUUCUCUCUCUCUCUCUCACACACACACACACACACAUACACACACACCCCUCCGUCCUCCUCCUCCUCCUCCUCCUCCCGGCGUGUCUGAGUCUCCGGCUGCAUGAACGAGCCUCGAUUCACUACAAGCCUGAACUUCUACGAUGCGUCUCUCCCAUACCUCAACUGACUGCACAGCACAGUCUGCAGCAGCAGCAGCAUAGGAUGUAAUCAAUCCCACAUGUUUCACCUCUGCGACUCGGGAUUUUCACUUUGAAUAUUUUUCUACUUUUCCUUUCAUUACACCCUCCUCGCCACGCAGUGGAUAUAACUUACCAGACAUGACGGGGACUCAGUUUCUGCCCUGCAAAGCCAAAACUCCGCUCAAUGCGAGGGGAGCCCGAAGUUCAUAAAAAGGGAUUAUUUGCAUCUGGCUGCCUGAGACCUUCGGUGCCUCCGGAUUUUACUUUGGAUUUGGGAUUUAUCGGUUCUUCUCACCGGGAUGGAAAGCCGAGAUUUCGCUCCACCGCACCACCUCCUGACGGAGCGGAGCGCGUUGGUUCACAGCGCCGCGUCCCGGAUGGCGCCAGGCGGCCACGGCUCCGUGCAGCACCCCGCUCACUUCCAGCCGGGGAAAUACUACUCAUCCCACCUCUCCAUGGGUCCGCACUCAGGUGCUUCCUUCAUGGGUUCCUUCCUGGCCAGCAGUAUGGGGUCCGCGCCUUCCCACCCUCCUCACCCCUCGGGACCUGCCGCCUCCCCCUCCUCCCCCUCCUACAGGGCUGGACCCCAUUCGAGGGCUUCCCCUAUCUGGUUCCCGCAUUCACAUGAAGGGUACCCCAGCUAUUCAGGAAGUCUCGCUUCUCCUUUUCUCCCCAUGAGUCCCCUGGACCACCAUAGCAAUGGUCUGUAUGGACAGCACCGCUUCUACGAAACACAAAAAGAUCACUUCUACCUGAGAGGCCUUCCUCCCCAGCCCCCUCUCCUCUCCACUUCUCACAGCCUCCCUCCGCUGUCCAGGACUGCCCCGGGCCACCCGCUCGGCUCCUGCAGCCGAGAGACAGACAAUGGGGGAGGAAGUGGCAAGAGCACCAAGGAUGCGGGUGAGAAAGCAGUUUCAUCUGCGUCCAAAAUGAGGGAGCGAUCGAGCAGCAAGGAGCGGCACCAGGAGAGCAAAGACAAACAGCAUCAGCUUCAACAUCACCAUUCUCAUCAGGUGAACUCUGCAACUACUCCGUCCAGCCACCACCACCAAGCUUACCCCCACCAUGCCCUCCUUCCUCACCUUGCACCGCAGGGCAGGGAGGAGGACCACAGACACCCUCUGGAGCGACACAAGGAGUACAGAGACAAUGACUCAGGCAGUCAGGAGACAAAACAUAUGAGUGCCUGCAAACUAUCUGGUGGUUCAGUAGCAGAGACUGGCUCUGGAGGAAAGGGAGGCACACUAAGCAGCUGCAGUGGUGGUGGGGUGAGUAGACCUCCAUCUGGAGGUGGCCGGCGGUGUUCCAAGGAUGGACCCAUAAAUGGGGAGAUGAGGAUCAGUGAAUCUUCAGCCUCUUCCAGUGAAUGUAUGCGAAGAGGUGCAGCUGCAGUGACAGCCAUCUUGGCACCUCCAACCCCCCACUCUGUGGCCUCCUACUCCAUGCCACCUCCUCCCCCUCCGCCGCCUCCUUCUCAUGCCCUGCACAUGGGCUCCACAGUGGCCGGAGGGUGGCUACAUCAUGCACAUCACCAUCCUCAUCCUGAGUUUUACUGUCCCCCAAGCCCUCUUACACUGACGCCAUCCAAAGACCUGGCAUCCACCCCUGGAGGAUCUGCCAAGGAGGCGAAAGUCAUUGGCCCAACGUAUGUGCCCUCAGUUGGACCACUGGGAGACCUGGCUUCCACUGACUGUCGUGGAGCAGGAGGAGGUGGGAGAAAGGGAGAGGACAAGAGUGGCGAAGGAGCUUAUGAAAGCCCAACUCAUCACCUCAGCCGACUUAGUAGUUGCCAGAAGAAGGACAAAUCCCAGCCACACCAGCAGCAGCUGGGAUAUGGCAAGGCUGACAAACCUCCAGACUGGAGCCACCAGACGCAGCACUUCCAGAAACCAGGCUCCAAUGGGAGCUCUCAGCCUGAGCUGCGGUCCUGCAGCCUUGAAGCAUCUUCAUCCUUCAGAGAUGUAGAGGUCAUGGACGAUGUUUACCGUCCAUCACUCCCACUAGAUGCCCAGGCAACAAACCCAGGUGCCGGACAGGCCACGCCCAAGAAUGGCCCAGACACCAGCACACCUCCCUUCAGGGACUGUUCCCACUCAGGUCCUCAUCCUGAUGGGAGGAUGGGGUCAGUGGCUCACAGGGAGGGGCAAAAAGUUGCAAGGAUACGGCAUCAGCAGCAUGGAGCGAGUACAGAGGAGAGGGGAAGGGAGGCGGCCCAGACAACACCUUCCUGGGGGGCUCGAGGGGGCUACCAAGAGGACCAGAGAAAAGCCUCCCAUCAUGCAUCAGUUGGUAAUGGUGAAGUAAGAGGGCUCAGCAACAGAGCCCCAAAUAGUGACCAGAACCAGCCCCAUUCUCAACAGCCUCCACCUCUAUCCCGCUCCUCAUCACACACCACUGAGGGUGAGGGCAGUGCCAUGAAGAACUUAAUGAACUACAGCUCCCAGCAACCUUUGCUGCUGCCACAGCGAGGCCCCUUUGGAGGUCUUGGCUGCCUAAAGCAGGGUGGAGAGAGAUCAGAGAAGGGGGACAGAGGUGGAGUUAAAAACAACACCUCCAUGCAAGACCCUCCAAAACAGUCGCUCCCUCCUCGUCGAGGCUCCACUAACGAGGGUGAGAGGGGAGACAGAGGUGGGAAGGAGGCGGGGGAGGCAGGUGAAGGGGAGGUGCGACAGCCUCCGGUGGGUAUUGCGGUUGCAGUCGCCAGGCCGCCCCAUCGUUCCCCAGACAACACCCCUGGACACAGCAGACAGGGCAGGGUGCUGCCCAGCAUGAAAGGCGUGUCACGCCCUGUGUAUCCUCUUGGUCGGGAAGCAGAGGAGAGGAAGAGGAUGACAGAAGAACAGAUCAGCCUUCAUCACCUGGACAGAGACAGAGAGAUGAUCAUCAGGGAAAACAAGGAGCGCGUGGAGUUCGCCAGGAUCCACCCUUCUAGUAGUUGCCAUGGUGACCUGACCUCUCACCUCUUGGUUCCUGGAGGGGCUGGUCAGUUGGGGGCCGACCCUGCUGCACACGCUCACCACCACUGGAUGCAGAGGACAGGAAGUCCCUCCCUCUGGAUGGGGCAUUCAUACAGUCUGGGCCACGUGGGAAUGAGCCCCGGCUUCCCGCCAGGUCUGCCCAGUCCUCUGCAGCCCGUCUUGGGUUCGCUCACCCAAGAUCCCAACUCCCCGCUGGUGGUUCUUCCGACAGAACCCGGGUCUCAUCAUCACCUAGACGUUCUGGAGCAGUCGGGUCUGUGGCCCCCUGUGUACGGAGGCAGGGGCCCUCCUUCUCACCUGCAGCAUCACCCCGUCUACUCCCGCUCCUCAUUCCUACGGCAACAGGACCUGUACGCCCUGCAGCAUCAGCACCAGCAGCAGCAGCAGCAGCAGCAGCAGCAGCGAGCCAUGGAGCACAUGCAACGUCACUCCUUACAGAGAAAACACGAGGAGCACGCCAUCACCAUCGAGGACUCUCCCCAUGAAUCUCACAUCUCCAGAACUCCCUCCUCUUCUUCCUCCUCCUCAUCAUCCAGCACCUCCUCUCACGUAGGCAAACCCUUCUCACACACCCCUCCUCCGCCCAAGACACCCACGCCGUCCCCGGGGAUGUGUCCCAGCAGCCGCCGGUCACCCUGCUACCACUCCCCGUCCAGGCGGCCGCAUCCGCCCAACCCUCUGACCCCUGCGCCGAGCCCUGCCGCGGCGGCGCCCCGCUCCCCGGCGCUCAGCCCUGCUCCUUCGCACCUCUCUAAGGGGCUGGAGAGGGGCAGUGACAGAGGGGAGGGACAGCCACCUCAGGACUACCCACAAUCCCUUGAGCCAGACCUACCACCUGUUUACACUUACCCUCCGAUCACCAUGGGUUACAAGGCUGGGCCCUCGCCUCCUGAAGCCCGCCUGGCCGAACAAGCCACAGCGGUGGAGGUGGAGCCGGCGCAGCCUGACUCAGAAUCCCUCCCGCGGCCAUGCCAUGUCCAGCCUCUCUCGGAAGAAGAGGAGAGAGGGGAGGAAGAGGAUGAGAGAGACUGCGAAGUGUUUGCAUCCCAGAGUGGAGUACCAGAGGAGGAGAAGGAAGAGAGGAGGCUGGAAGCAAAAGGAUGCUCCGUCUCCGAGCCUCAGAACGAGAUUUCUGGAUUGCCGCCACGCCCUUCCCCAGCUCCACUCUCGGAUCCAGCCUGCCCGGCUUCAGCCACAGGCAAAGCCCUGAAAGUAGAGCUCUCUCUGAGCCUGGAGGAGCCCCAACUAUCCAAAGAGCAGGAGGAUGAUAGGGAGUGUGGAAAAGAGGACAUGCAGGAGGACAAGGGAGAGAAAACGAGGCCUGAACCAACAGAAUGUACUGCCUCCGUGCCUGGAGAGGAGGAAAAGGAGGAGGAGGAGGAGGGCAAAGAUGAAGAGAAUGUAGAGGUGGUUGAGGAUGAUGAGGAAGAGGAGAAGAACUUGGUGGAACUAACAUGUAACUCUCCUGCUACUUCUCCUCCGUCCUCUGACCUUGCCCUCCCACCUGCAGCGAGCACAGCGGCUCAGCUCCAGGGGGCCUACAUGUGGAGCCUGGAGCUCCUGAUCGCCGCCGCUCUGUGUGCCACCAGAGAUGCCUUGUACCCACCUGUACCUGCUGUCCAGGCCCCAAGCCCUCCGCCUCACCACGGUAUGGAGAUACUGGGGGAACUGGCCGACCUGGAGAUCCAGCAGAGGAGCAGGGAGGGCAAAGAGAAAGACGCUGAGGGUGAAGACAUGCUGACCUUCGACCUCCACAGUCUGGCCACGCUGGCGGCCGCCCGCGCCCUGGAGAUGGGGGGAGGGGCCUCAGAUGCGGGGGCAGGGCACCAGUGUCCAAUCAGGAAGAGGCUCAACCUGCGCAGGAAGUGCAGCUGGACGCCUCGCCACGAGCCGGUGUGCCCAGUGAAGGGCUCCAUGGAGACGAUGGGAGGGGAGGAGCUGGCCAUGCGUGUCCAGCUGGCUGAGCUACAGCGCCGCUACAAAGAGAAACAGAGGGAACUGGCCAAGCUACAGAGGAAACACGACCACCAGAGAGAGGAGACGGCCCGUAGCCCUGCCCGCCGGGGGCCCGGCCGCCCCCGCAAACGCAAGUCCACCCCCGGCCCAGCUGCAGCAGAGAGCUCCAAGAGACUCAGGGCUGGGUUCAAUUUACUGGAGGAGAAGGCCAGGAAGAAAAUGACCAAUCACGGCUUCAGCAGCCUCAGCUCCACACAGAUGAAAGCUCGCUGUAAGCACAGAGGUCGGCCCAGCACCCUGAGCUCCAGGCUGGCCAGGCAGGUGACCCACCUGAAGCAGAAGGCUGCAGCCCAGCAUGAUGCACCAACCACAGGCAUGCUGCACUGCAGAGAGACCCCUGGUGAAGAGGAUGCUUCCAAGAAUCACUGCAGAGGAAGAAAAGACCUGCAGGAGGACUGGGCAGCUGGUCAGACUAUAAAGAGGAAGAGGGGUCGAAAGCCCAAAGUGCUGAUGGGCGUCAACCCAAACAGACCUUACCACAAGGACGGCCGGACAUCUGAGAAACAGGAAGUUAGGGAAGAGAAGAGUGACAGCGAGAGCUCAGAGCACGAGGUGGAGGAGGACGGCAGCUACGACAGCGAAGAUGGAGCCAGUGACAUGAAGAUUAGCUCGUCCUCUAAAGAAGCUCAAGCAAACCCUGCUGGGACUGUGCCUUUACCGUCGCAGUCCUCCAAGCUCCAAGCAAACCAGAAAGCCAGGAGUAAGAGACCAGGGCCUCCAGGCUCAGGCAUGGGGAGCCUGUCCAGCACAGAUCAGAGGACAGAGCCCAGAAGGUCGAGCCUCUCCAGCACAGAGAGGGGACGUCCAGACUGCCAGGGGACAAAAAAAUCACACCUGCCCAGCUGGGAUGUGUCGUCGGUGGGCUGCAGCUUUUUGGACAGUCGGGGGAACCGCGGAGCUCUGACAGAAGCAAACAGGGCCGGCAAGGAAGCCAUGAGGAGGAGCUCAGUGGGACACGGCAUUCUGGGAAAGGCCAAGGGCCACGCAGUGAGCCGGCUCCUGCAGAGCUUUGCGGCCGACGACGGCUUUCGGUUGGAUGAGGAAAGCAGCUUUUCUGAGGGCGAGGAGGAGGAAGAGGAGGAAGAGGAAGAGGAGGAGGAGGCACAGGAGAAAAUGUUGACCCACCUCCCCCCCAACAUGCCUUGCAGGAUACCUGCCCUGCCAAACUGCGUGUUGAGUAAAGAGAUGCUUGUGGACGGGCUGAAGAUCCUGAUCUCUAAGGAGGAUGAGCUGCUGUACGCCGCCUGUGUCCAAACUCUGGACCUGCCUGACAUAUUUAGCGUUGUCAUCGAAGGGGAACGAGGAAAUCGGCCACGCAUCUACUCGUUGGAACAACUUCUUCAGGAAGCUGUGUUAGACGUGCGGCCCCAGACCGAGGCCAUCCUUACUGCGGGUACGCGAGUGUGUGCGUACUGGAGUGAGCGCUCCCGUUGUCUUUACCCUGGAUACGUCCAUCGAGGAGGUCCAGGUGAGGACGAGAAGGAGGGCAGUGUGAUGGUGGAGUUUGACGAUGGAGACAGAGGAAGGAUCUCUCUCACAAACAUCAGGCUUCUGCCCCCAGGAUAUCAAAUCCACUGUGCUGAACCUUCUCCGGCACUUCUGAUCUCACCUGGUCGCCGUGGCCGACGAAGCUCCACCCAGGAGAAGAAAGAUGCUCCCACGGAGAAACCAACCAAUGAGGACCCAGCAGGGAGGCCCCAGGAGAAAAGACCAGUUGGCAGACCGAAGAAAAUCCACUCAGUGCCUAAGACUGCCAGCACACCGACGCCAGUAACAGACACUGUAACCAAAGGCAACACUUCCUUGUUGAACUGGUCCGCGCCCAGGAAGAGACCGCCAGUUGACUUCUUCCUGUUCAAUGGGACAUCCCGUAAGACCCAGAGGAGGAUACGUGAGCGGGACUUGGGAUUCUUUCAUCGGCCCACUUCCCACCCUCUUGGACCCCCCAUGCCCUUCAAGGGCAUCUUUGGCUCCCCCUUUGAAGGUGACUCAUUCAGCAGCAUCGCCAACGGCUACUCUACCUUUGGAGGCUCUGUGGUCGGGCGACCUGUUACCACAGUAGCCUCGAUUGGGCUCCGGGACUCCUUGUCCUCUGCUUGCUCUCCAGCUGUCCCUACGGCGAUGGCAGCUGGAAGCAGGAAGCCAUUGAGUGAACGCGACAGGAAACAGUUCCUGGUAAAGCUUGACCAUGAAGGAGUGACCUCUCCUAAAACAAAGAACAGCAAGGCCCUGCUUCGACUGGGGGGGAGUGGAGGGAGAGGGGGAAAGAGUCUCGCCUCCACAGGGGCACCGCUGCGAUACAUCCAUCCUGCCUUGCUGGUGAAGGAUGGCAAGAAGGGAGACAAUGCUGGAGCCCGUUCUGAGGCUGUUGUAAAGGGCUCUCCACCUCUGAGGAAGGAUCAUCUGUCAGCAGGUCAUGGAGUCCAAGGGGGGGAUUAUAGUUUGGACUACCAAAGUGACUGCCCAAGCUCUUACUCUGAGCUGGAUGAGGAUGAUGAGGAUGAGGGUCAAGACGCUGAGUCACGUGGAGGCAGUGCAGCAGCCUCAUCCCACCGUGGUGGUCGAUUUCUCUCUCGUCUCUCCGUCUGCUUCUCCUCAUCCUCCUCAUCUUCCUCCUCCUCUGGCUCCAUCUCCUCCUCGUCCCUCUGCUCGUCUGAAAACGACUCCUCUUACUCCUCUGAUGAAGAGUCCUCCUCUGUGCUGCUGCGUCGCGCACUGCUCCAGCAGGACAAACACAAGCACAGGCAGAACAUGACCUCUGACCUCCUGAGCCCUGACCCUACCACCUCCAAUUCAUCUCCCUCCGCCUCAGCUCCGGCUCAUGGCUUUGUGGCAAAAGCCAGCAUGGCUGUCUCGGGUUCAAAGUCGAGGGUUGAGAGAGCAGAAGACAGGAAGGAGUUUGCGUCAAAAGGGAGUAUGGUGGCUAACAGUGGCACAGUGAAGACCCAGCUGAAGAGGAAAGAAGGAAUUGCUAACAGCCACCAUCAGAGCCAAAGCAGUCCCGUGAGCCAGCAGUCAAAACCUGCCUCCAAGGACCCGGCAACAGCUAAGAGGCAGAGGAUGUCGUCACCUGAGCCUCUGCCUAACAUGAGUCCUCUUCUGCCUGGACGCCAGCUGUGGAAAUGGUCUGGCAACCCAACACAGAGGCGAGGUCUGAAGGGCAAAGCCCGCAAGCUUUUCUACAAGGCCAUCGUGCGGGGCAAGGAGACGGUGCGUGUCGGGGACUGUGCUGUGUUCCUGUCACCUGGCCGGCCCCAGCUGCCCUACGUGGGCAGAGUGGAGAGCCUCUGGGAGUCGUGGAGCUCCAGCAUGGUGGUCAGGGUCAAGUGGUUCUACCACCCAGAGGAGACACGCCUGGGGAAGCGACACCGAGAUGGCAAGAAUGCCUUGUAUCAGUCGAGCCACGAGGAUGAGAAUGACGUGCAGACCAUCUCCCAUCGCUGCCAGGUGGUCAGCAAGGCCGAGUAUGAUCACCUGACGCGCGAACGUAAGCCUGGCAACACGGUGAACGACCUCUUUUACCUGGCUGGAACCUAUGAACCGACCACCGGCCAGCUGAUCAGCGCAGACGGCAUGGCCAUCGUGUCCUAACAUCUGGAGAGAAAUCCAAAUAUUGACCCGAAGGCUGGAGUUGACUGAUUCCAGGAUGGUCCUCAGAACAGAGGGAAACCAAGACAAAGAGUUGUGGCUCUGCGUGUUGAUCUGUCCCUUGUACAAGAAGGAGCUAGCCCCACUGGAUAAAGCCUGACAGUACUGGCACUUAGAGGAGUCUGUGAAAGUCUGAUCCAGAUUUAACCUCUUUAUCAGGGGUGGCUCCUUAUAGCAGCGAGAGUCUUCAGCCCUCCUGUGGCUGAAAUACUGGAGUAUCUCGUCACUGCGACAAAAGAACAGGACCCAAGGACAUGAGCACUUUGGAGUACAGUAUGGAUGAAAGGUGGCAGACUUUGCUCUCCAGCAGGAGAGGCUAUAUGGGAAGGAGAGACUUCAUGUAAACCACACUGGUUUGGAGGUUUUUAAUGGUCUCAUACUGGUAGUUUGAAGAUGACAGCGUGAUUGGGAGAUCCCCAACAGGACCAAAAAACACUGUAGUUUGGACUUUGUGUGUAAAUGCGCGUGUGUGUGCGUGCGUGCGUGUGUUUGCAGAGUGGCUGCGAUGACCCUGUUUGGCAUUUAAUGAGCUCUAAGUAAAUAGCGCUUUAGCGUGCGCGCCUGUUUGUACUGUAUGUGUGGUCAUGCACGUGCACACAUGCGCUCUCCAAGCAAAGAUGGCGUCAUGACACGCCGUCCGUAUGUCUCUCUAACACUCUGAAUAUUAAUCUGUCCAGUGCUUAGCGUGCAGAAAACAAUUUCUUCUCCUGUCAAGCCAUACACGUCAAUACCUCUCUCUUGUAUCCUCCUGUUCAGGUGCAGAGACACAUGUACAGGUUGUUGGAUUGUCUUUAUGAACGGAGCGUGCGUGUUGGUGUGCGUGUGUACGUGUGCAUGGGCGUGUGUGCGUGAGCUUUGUACAGCAUUAUGCAUAAUAUAACAUGUUGUAAAUAGUAUACAUAUAUAUUUGUUCUUGUUGUUUUUGUCGUUUUCUUUUGCAGAGAAGAUUAUUUUAUUUAGAUUUUUUUAGGAUGUGUGUGGGUGGGUUUGGGCGGGUCUGACGGAGGGAGGAGGUGGGGGUUAGUAUCCUUCUCUCUCAAUGCACUGAACAGAAUCGGAGGUUUGGAUUUGGGGUCAAACUGUACAACUGAUGUGAAGACAUUUGUGGUUGUAAGCCCUGCAAAGGCUGAAUAUGUUGAAAGGGUGUGUUUUUAUGUUUUUAUAAGAAAAUCAGAAAAAGGCUCUUUUUAAAUAUGUGUCCAAAUUUUUUCUUUUCCUUCUUCUUUUUUAAAACUUUUUUUUUUUUUUUUUU